CCUGCUCGUGAAAACAAACCUCAAAUCCCAGUGAAUAUAGCAAGGAAAAACGCACAAGGCCGGAAAUAUGGAUAAGAAGCAAGAGAACGAAAAGAAGGUGAAUUUAGAAGGGCUACCAGUGGAGACAAGCCCAUACACGCAGUACAAAGACGUGGAGGAUUACAAGAAACAAGGGUAUGGAACGCAGGGCCACCUCCAGCCUCAACCUGGCCACGGCGCCGCCGGAUCCACCGACGCCCCCACCCUCGCCGGUCGCAGCGGCGUCGCGGAUCCGCGGGAUCAGCUCUCCGCCACCGAUGCCAUUAACCGCCAAGGCGUUCCUUAGUCUCUUUUGGCAGUUGUAUUUAACUUGUAAGGUUUUCGUUUAGAUAUUUGAGUGUAUCUUUAUUAUUGUGCUGUCUCCUUUUAUUCUAUUUUUCUAAAAAAAACAUCCAUAUUUACCAGCAAA